AUGCGGGCAGAUUACUGGAAGUCACAACCAAAGAAGUUCUGUGAUUACUGCAAGUGCUGGAUAGCGGACAACAGACCUAGUGUUGAAUUUCAUGAAAGAGGGAAGACUCACAAGGAAAAUGUUGCGAAAAGAAUCAGUGAGAUUAAACAGAAAAGCCUGGACAAAGCAAAGGAAGAAGAAAAGGCAUCAAAGGAGUUUGCUGCAAUGGAGGCAGCUGCCCUUAAAGCAUACCAAGAGGAUUUGAAAAGGCUUGGCUUAGAGUCAGACAUUUCAGAGCCAAGUGUAUCACCUGUAGCCAACACCACGUCACCCUCUUCCACAUCAAAUCAGCAGAAAGAAAAGAAGAAGAAAAAAAAAGAUCCUUCCAAGGGCAGAUGGGUAGAAGGCAUAACCUCUGAGGGUUAUCAUUACUAUUAUGAUCUUAUCACAGGAGCAUCUCAAUGGGAAAAGCCUGAAGGAUUUCAAGGAAACUUAAAAAAGACAGUGAAGGCUGUGUGGGUAGAAGGGUUAAGUGAAGAUGGCUAUACAUAUUACUACAAUACAGAAACAGGAGAAUCCAACUGGGAGAAACCUGAUGAUUUUAUUCCGUACCCUGGCAAUCUGCUUUCUAAUAAGAUCAGUGAAAAGGCAGUUGACAACCUAGAAGAGUCCAAAUCAUCAGAUUCACAUAGUGAUUCUGAUGAAGAACAGAAAGUAGAAGGCGAUACCUCUACAAAAACACAAAAGCUAAUAAUAAAGUUUAAGGAAAAAAAUAAAAAUAGUCAUGAAAUAACUAAAAUAGAACCACAGAAAGAAAAAAUCCUACAAGAAAAGGAUUCAUCAGGUCCAAAGGAAGAAAAAUCCAAAGCUGUUAAAAAAUCAAACCCAUAUGGAGAAUGGCAAGAAAUUAAACAAGAAGUUGAGUCACCUGAGGAGGUAGAUUUGGAACUUCCAAGCACUGAGGAGUAUGUAUCAUCUUCAGCAGCUGAUGGUGGUGGAGAAUCCAAAAUAGUAUUUAAUGAGAAAACAGUCACUUCUCUUGGAGUUGUGGCAGAUGGAGUGGCCCCAGUCUUUAAAAAGAGAAGAAUUGAAAAUGGAAAAUCUAGAAAUUUAAGGCAACGAGGCGAUGAUCAAUAA